UAUACAUGUGCAGCUGGAACAAGCACAGCAGAGAAGCUAAAUGCACUUUCAUCUUGAGUGAAGUCUGACACACUCAAAUGGCAGCGCCGGAGAGCCAUAUGACGGUCCCUCUGGUGACCUCUAUCCUGGCCACAGUCCUGGGAUCUCUCCAAAUCGGGUACCACACGGGAAACGUCAACGCUCCGGCCAAGAUCAUCGAGCAGUUCUUUAACAACACCUGGAGGGCCAGACACAACCAGUCUCUGCCGGAGCACAGCCUGACCCUGCUCUGGUCCCUCUCCGUCAGCAUCAAGGACUUUGGAGCGCUACUCGGUUCACUGGGAGUCAAGCACUUAGCAGACUCCUAUGGCAGGCGUAACUCCAUCCUAAUCGUGAACAUUCUCUCUGUGGUGGGGACGUGCCUCAUGUUUGCAUCUAAACUCAGUGAGUCGUUUGAGGUGCUGAUCAUGGGACGCCUGGUCUUCGGUUUGUUCUGUGGACUCGUCAUGAGCUUGAACCCUCUCUACAUCCAGGAAGUGUCACCCACAAACCUGAGAGGAGCCUUCGCUACACUCAACCAGGUCUCCUUUGCCUCCGGGAUACUCAUAGGAAUGGUGGCUGGUCUGGAGACAGUUUUGGGGACAGAGCAUCGCUGGGACCUGAUGUUGUCCCUGUCCCUAUUCCCAGCUCUACUCCAGUAUGUGGUACUACCCUUCUGCCCUGAGAGCCCGCGCUACCUCCUCAUCAACAGGGGGCAGGACGACAAGGCAGAGGCUGCCUUGGUGAGACUGCGGGGCCACACAGAUAAAGUGUACACAGAGCUGGAGGAGAUGAAGGAGGAGGCCAGUCACUCUCAGGCCGGUGUCACUGUGGCAGAGUUCUUCAAAAAACGCCGCUACAAACAACCAAUUAUCCUCGUGCUUGUGGUCAACCUGGGGAGUCAGCUGUCUGGGUUCAAUGCAAUCAUUAAUUACUCCACCAGAAUGUUUCAGGCCAAGUUUGAAGAGGCCAAAUAUCUGACUCUGGGGGUGGGAGCCGUCAAUGUGUUUUUCACUCUGGUCGCUUUCUUCCUGAUGGAGAGGGCGGGCCGGAGGAAGCUGCUGCUCACUGGAUUCAUCUCAAUUGCUGUGUGCAAUUUACUCAUGACCAUCGUGGACUCUGUACUGCUCCUGGUUCCUGAGCUGCGUAGUCUGCAAGUGCUACUGGUUUUCUGUCUGAUCUCGGCCUAUGAGCUGGGCCCUGGUCCCAUCUCGUGGUUUAUCGCGGCUGAACUCUUCGACCAGCCGGGACGUCCCAUCGCCAUGGCGUUCACCAGCAUGCUCAACUGGGGGGGCAAGUUUGUCCUGGCCCUCCUUUUCCCUCCUUUACUGAAAGUGUGCGGGGCUUAUGUGUACCUGCUCUUCAUGCUGGUGGCGGUGGUGGCCUUCUCCUUCACUCUGCUGCGUCUGCCUGAGACUAAAGGUCGAACCUUUGACGACAUUGCAGAGGAAUUCAGAGGAGCAGAGGGAAUCCCACUCAACAACAAGAGUGGCUUCAACACCUUCAACUGAACUGGUACAACAAACAUCUGGGACUGGAACUUUAAAGCUGCACUGUGGAACUUUUCUGAUGGAGGA